UUUCAAGCAGGGUUUUUUUAAUCAUACUGAGUGCAAUUCAUUACAAAGCGAUCAGUAGUAUAGCGGACACGAUCGUGAAAUGACGAUGAUCUAUCUCGUGUUAAUGGUUUUUUCGCUGUUGUUGCUGUUGACGGAAGCUCAGAACGAUGAACCGGUUAUGUUUCCCAACGAACGGACAACACUGGAUGGCAAGAUUAGCUGCUUCUAGAAUCUAGAUGGUGAAAAUGAUAAGUUGUUUUGUUGUGUUAUCCAAAAGAUUGUCACCUUCGGUACUUUAAACUAGCUAGAUAUCCCACGUCCAUUCCCGCGGCCGGACAACCGACACGUUUCCGGGAAUUUGCCCACAUGGCCGCACUCGGUUGGACACUUCCGAACGGCACAAUUCUGUGGCAGUGUGGGGGAUCGCUGAUUUGGGAGAACUUCGUGCUGACCGCGGCUCACUGUCUCAUUGAUAAAAGAAACCAGCCACCCGAUGUGGUCCGGUUGGGUGACCUGGACCUGUUCAGCGCCGAAGAUGACACGUACGCACAGCAGUUGAAAAUCGUAAAGAUUCUUCGACAUCCCGAGCACACGUUCAGCGCCAGCUAUCACGAUGUAGCAUUGCUGAAGCUAGAAUGGAACGUGACCUUAGACCAGACGGUGAUACCGGCCUGUUUGUGGAGCGAUGGUGAGGUAAGAUUUCGCGAGAUGGUGGCAACGGGUUGGGGAAACACCGGCUUCGCUCAAAAACGUACGCCAACCUUGCUGAAGGUUUCGUUGAAACCGAUCUCCAAUGAACAGUGCAGUGAAUUUUAUCCUCCGACGCGGAGAAUUCGACAAGGUCUCCAAGAUCAGCACCUUUGUGCAGUGGACGAGGAAAUGGACACUUGCGAAGGGGAUUCUGGUGGUCCCCUGCAGCUGAAACUGUUGCACAACUCCCGGAUGACACCGUUCGUGGUCGGAGUUACGUCGUUCGGGGGUGUUUGUGGAACGUCUAACCCGGGAGUGUACGCGAAGGUAGCGUUCUUCUACGAUUGGAUUAUGGCUACGAUGCGGGAUCAUGGCGCUGAUGGACUUGAAGUGGACUACAACGCUACCUUGUGCGCGUUGCGCUACGCUUCAUUGCGAGAGUUUGACGAUCAAGUUCGGAUUGAUGAGGAAAGAUCGAAUAAUUUCACAGCUGUGGACAUGACUAGGGUGAGAAUUUCUAGCCGUGCAUUGCCGAUACAGAUGGUUGACGUUGGACACAAUUGUUACGGUGUUAUUGUGGAUGAGGAUACAGUGAUCACGGUGGCCGAUUGCACAAACUUGGAAGGACAAUCUCUAGCUUUUGUUACUUAUCUGGGGGAAAAAGUGAUGCCCAUAUCAAAGAUUCACGUUCAUCCUAACCACGUUCAAGGAUCAGGCUACAACAACAUUGCUAUUCUAAAGAUGAGUAAAUUGCUAGAUUUGCCUCUGGGAUUCCAACCUUCCUGUGUUUGGCACGGAAUGUUUAACGAUUCGGUUAAUGCAUACGGCAGUGGUCGUCAGGACAUAAACCAUUUUUUGUAUUUUGACGAAGAGAUUCACCUCAAUUCAACGCAAGCGCUCCACCGUAUCAAAUCUCCCGUUUUAAACGAAAGCAGUUGUGUAAUUUCAGAGCGUUUCGCCCCAAGAUUGCGCCAUGGACUUACGAGGGAACAGUUCUGCGUCGGAAAUGACGUGUUUUUGGUACCGGGAUCAUGUGAUCUGCUGGUUGGCGGCGUUCUAGAUGAGUGGAUGUUCAAGGAGAACAACGACUACCAUCACACCGUAGCGCUGAGUCUGUUUGGAAGGGAUUGCGGUUUUGGAGAGCAUAUUAUUGGGGUUCGUCUGUCAAGCCACGUGGAGUGGAUGAAAUCCGUCCUUUUGCCAAACUACCAGAAUACGGCUGAUACUGUACGAUACAUCGAUAUGGAUCUUCAUGAGGGCGAUAACUGCACAAUUUCCAAGGGAAGACCUGCUCGUUGCGUUUCUGUAGACAUUUGUCCAGGUCAUCUUAAUCGAAAAGUUGACACAUUUUGUUCCAGUACUUCGGUGGUUUGCUGUGCUUAUGAGAUCAUCAUGUUGAGCGAAGGCAGUCAAAUACAUCCUGAGGUUUUGAAAUGUCCUGAAAUGGCUCAAGGGCAUACGACUUCGCUGGGGUCUCUGGCGUAUAUUGCAAGACAUUUCGGCGAAAGAAUCACCUUCCUGUGCUCAGGAGUUGUUAUAACGAAAAGUGCGGUGCUAACGACGGCAAGCUGCCUGGCAGAACAUCGUUACUUGGUGGUUCGUCUAAUUGAUAAACAGACACAGUACAAUAUCAGUGACGUUUUGAAACACGAAACCUACAACUCAACCGAUAAAACCAAUGAUAUAGCGCUGAUUAAGCUUAGCUACCCAUUUGAGUGGAAUGCGCAGGUUUUCCCGGCCUGUCUGUGGACAAAUCAAACUCAUACGCCAAUUGUGCUGAACAUAACUUUCGCAGUUAGAAAAGAUGUUACCGUAAACACUGUACUCCAUCCAAUGUACAAUUCAGACUGCCAGCGAAGUCACCCGUAUGAGGUUCACAAGACUCAACUUUGUUUGAGGAAUCCUAUGAAGAAUAUCACAUGUGUGAGAUUCAGCGGUAUGCUCACCUGGUUGGAUCCUCGUGGUGUCCCGUUUCUUGUUGGGGUCAAUCCAGAUGAAGAUGUCCAAUGUAUUCAAUGGAGGUAUUCUACUGCUACAAGAAUAUCUUCCUUUUUGGAGUGGAUAACGAAGAAUGCGUUUAUAUGAAUGGAAAAAAUAAUAAAAAUAAAUUGAAAAAU